AUGGCCGCGCGCCUACUUGGGCUGUACCCUUUGCUUUUUGCUAGGAAUUUUUAUUUGUAUUUUUUUUUAUUUUCAGUUUCUGCAUUUGAUGAAAAAAUGUUGCCUAGACGAAGAGGAUUCCAAUCUGUCAAUGUUCACGACAAAACUCGUACCCACAUGCUUUUUUCUACUGCUUCUGAUAGAAGUAUUGCAAAACGGAAACGGCGUCCUCAUAACAGAUUCCAUCAAAUGCAGCAACACAAAAGGGAUGAUUUAAUUCAAACAGGGCCAACAGAAUUAGACCCAAUGCAAUGGACUGGCAAUCAAAGGGUUAUACAUUUUGGCCCUAUGGCGCAAAGAGACCCUUUUUUCUAUUUUUAUCCAAAAGGAUGGGAUUUACUCUAUCCGGCACAUUUUGGAUUUUUCCCUUAUAGAACAAAUAAAUAUCGGGGCAGUUCUGCUGUAAUUUGUGUUUGGGCAUUUGGAAUGUUUUUUAUGCUUGGAGGGGCUAUGAUGGUCUAUUUGGGGUAUUUUCUGAUUUAUCAACAACCUUUUUGGCGUUGGACAGAAGAAGAGGCUAUGAAUAAUAUGAUUCCUCCAGUUCAGAUAGCCGGGCCUAUUUUGUUGGCUUUGGGAAUUUUAUUGGUUUUGAUUGCUAUUUUUGCAUCAAUUACUACUUCACAGUUUUUGAGUGAUAAACUUCGCCAUCACCAUCAUGGGGACCAACCUGCUUCUGUGACUGUUUACACAACUCAUUAUCAGCAACCUCGAGCUGUUUAUGAAGUAAAUCCUUAUCAACCAAUGCCCCCGCCAGUUCAACCUAUUAUGGAGAACCCAAAUGCUCGAACUUAUUUGGUUGAUCCAAAUAAAGAAAUGAAAUUGUUUCCACCUGUUGUUCAUGGCCAUUCUACUCUUUCAUUACAGGGACAGCCUUCCCCUUCAUUUGUUGCUUCUCCUUAUAAUACCCUUCGUGCUGUAUCUAUGCAUAGUUCUCCGUCUUUUGCCGAUCUUUUACAAACAGAAGCUCAACAACAACAUCAUAUUCAUUUCAAACAACAAUCUCCAACGAAACGUAAAAGAAAUAGUUCAACUGUCAGUAUAUCUAGUGCUAUAGCUUUUGCCAGUCAAAAACAUCAAAAAAGACUUUCCCGUCGAAGAUCUUCUAGUGAAGAAGAGGCUGCUUUAUUUGCAGCACAUAGGCAAAGGAAGAGAAGUUUAACUGGAGUUACGGUUACAAAAAAUUAA